UGGCCUUUUAAAAUAUUUCCAAAUACGAGAGCCAAACAUUUGGUGACUUUGCCAACAAUUAAAAACCAAAACUAUUUUAUCAGAAAUAAGAGAAUAAAACAUCAGAUCGGAAAAGAAAAUCUGGAGAAGAAAUGGCGAAAAAAGCAGUGUUGAUAGGAAUCAAUUACCCAAAAACGAAGGCAGAAUUGAAAGGCUGCAUAAACGAUGUGAAGAAGAUGUACACGUGUCUGGUGGAUCGAUACGGUUUCUCCGAGGAUGACAUCACUGUUCUGAUCGACCUGGAUGAUUCCUACACUCAGCCCACUGGCAAAAACAUCCGCAAGGCUUUGAAUGAUCUGGUCCGAUCCGCCGAGGCCGGUGACUUCCUCUUCGUCCAUUACAGCGGACACGGGACGAGACUCCCUGCUGAAACUGGCGAGGAUGAUGAUACUGGCUUCGAUGAAUGCAUUGUCCCAUCUGAUAUGAAUCUCAUCACUGAUGAUGACUUCAGGGAUUAUGUGGAUCAGAUCCCACAUGGCUGCCGCAUGACAAUUGUGUCUGACUCGUGCCAUAGCGGUGGCCUCAUUGAUGAGGCUAAAGAGCAAAUAGGGGAGAGCACAAAGUCUGAUGAGCAAGAAACAGACUCUGGAUUUGGAUUCAAAAGUUUCUUGCACCAGACUGUUCAGGGUGCAUUUAAAUCUCGUGGAAUCCACCUGCCAUCGGAAUUAAGCCGCCAUCUCCACAGGGAUGAAGAAGAUACUGAUGAAAAGGUAGUUGAAGGUGGCGAUGAAUAUGGCUAUGUGAAGAAUAAAUCUCUUCCCCUUUCCACCCUCAUAGAAAUCCUAAAACAAAAAACGGGCAAAGAUGACAUUGAUGUGGGAAAGCUGCGGCCAACCCUGUUCGAUGUGUUUGGAGAAGAUUCGAGCCCUAAAGUGAAGAAGUUUAUGAAGGUUCUUCUGAAUAAACUCCAACACGGAGACGGAGAAAGUGGUGGUGGAGGGGGGGGAUUCCUUGGGAUGGUCGGGAGUCUUGCUCAGGAGUUUCUCAAAACCAAGCUGGAGGAGAAUGAUGAGAGUUAUGCAAAGCCAGCCAUGGAUACAGAAGUAGGAAGUAAGCAAGAGGUUUAUGCUGGAACAAGCAAGCGGUCACUACCCGAUGGAGGGAUUCUAAUAAGUGGCUGCCAAACCGACCAGACUUCUGCUGAUGCCAGUCCUUCUGGAAAUGCCAGUGAAGCUUAUGGAGCUCUUAGCAAUGCAAUUCAGACUAUAAUUGCCCAGUCAGAUGGUGGAAUCACCAAUCAGGAGCUGGUCUCCACAGCUAGGAAAAUGCUGAAGAAACAGGGUUUCACUCAGCGACCUGGACUCUAUUGCAGUGACCAUCAUGUUGAUGCUCCUUUUGUGUGCUGAUCUCUACAGUUUGUGUGAUUCCUUGCGUUGAUGAGAUGUGAGCUAUGCUUGUCAGACAAUAAUACCUUGAACAUAUCAGGUGUGAUUUUGUUUUUUUAAAGCUUUAUAUAAAUGUUUGUUUUCUGAAUUUGAUAAAAAAGAAAUUCUGAAUCACUAAAGCUUAAUCUUAAAAAAGAUUUAGGUUUAUAUUUGAUUUAA